AUCUCUUUAAGAGGCUAACACCUCUCCAUGCAGGUCAUCUCUCCAGACUCCAGGCUAAAUUAACCUAAUUAGUACCUAAACUAGCCAUCUCUAACCUCACACCUUAAAUCACCAUAGGUUAGAUAUGGUUAAUUUAGGUACUCGAUUAGAGAUGGUUUAGGUAGAUUAGAGGUUGGAGGCAGUAUUGGUCUUAGGGUUAUGGUUUAGGUUAGAGGUUGGAGGCAGUAUUGGUCUUAGGGUUAUGGUUUAGGUAGUAGGUUAGAGGUUAGAGGCAGUAUUGGUGUUAGGGUUAGAGAUGGCUUAGGUAGUAGGUUAGAGGUUGGAGGCAGUGUUGGUGUUAGGGUAACAGAUGGUUUAGGUACUCAACCAACCCCGCCCACCACCUCUUCACACUGCUAUCCUCUGGCAGACGCUACAGAUCUGCAAAAGCACACACCACCAGACUCAGAGACAGUUUCAUUCCUGUAGCCAUCCGCACUCGAAACACAAACUUGUAAUUCCCAUACCUGGAACAUAAAUAACCCCCCAGAAUCAUUCCAGCACUUUAAGACUGACACAGCUGUUAAACCUAUCCUUUUAAUAAUCUUUUAGCCAUGUCUAAUAUUUAUGAUACGUAUUUUUAUGAAUUGUAUGUUGUCUUUGCCCUGUGGCACCAAGCGGAGCUGCGCUCCAAUUUCAUCGUAUGUUUCUGCUUCAAUGACGAUUAAAGUUCAAUCCAAUUCAAUUCAUUUCAGGUAGUAGGUUAGAGGCUCGAGGCAGUGUUGGUCUUAGGUUAGCGAUGGUUUUGGUUCGAGGUUCAAGGUUCGAGGCAUCGUUGGUGACUCUGUCUCCCUCUCUAGUACUGGAUCAAUGAGUUCACCUCCUCCCUCGGUAUCGGUGUCUUCCACUCUGGGAUCGAGGUCUACGGCCGAGAGUUUGCCUAUGGCGGUCAUCCCUACCCGUUCUCGGGGGUGUUUGAGAUUACUCCGGGAGACGCAACAGAGCUCGGUGAUACCUUCAAAUUCAAGGAUGCUAUGGUCCUGGGCCGGACUGACUUCAGGGAGGAAGACGUGGAGCGGAUCGUGGAGGAAAUGGGGAAGGAGUAUAAAGGCAACUCAUACCAUCUGAUGCACAAGAACUGUAACCACUUCUCCUCGGCCCUCUCUGAGGUGCUGUGCGGGCGCGAGGCUCCUGGCUGGGUCAACCGGCUGGCCUACUUCAGCUCCUGCGUCCCGUUCCUCCAGGGCUGCUUGCCGCGGGACUGGCUGACCCCCGCAGCCCUGCAGACCAGCCUCCGCCACGGGCUGGAGCAGGGCCAGGACGCCGCCGCAUCACUGGCCUCCCCCACCUCCCCCACCUCCCCCACCUCCCUGGCCUCCAUCUCCCCCGCCUCCCGUCACUCUCUCUCCCCCCCCUCCCCGGCCUCUGUCUCCCCCGCCUCCCUGGCCUCCGUCUCCCCCGCCUCACGUCCGCCCGUGCCCCGAGAGAACCGCCCCCCGUCCCGCCACCAGCCCCGUCGGUAGUCCUGUGAGGACCACCUCCAGAUGUCCGAGGGUCUUCCACCGAGAGCCACAAACCUGCUGGUGCCUCAGGUGAACUCCACGGACACUACAGUAACCUACCAGCAUGUGGACCGACAUGUGGGCUAACAUGUGGGCCAACAAGUGGACCAACAUGUGGGCCAACAUGUGGGCCAACGUGUGGGCCAACAUGUGGGCCAACAUGUGGACCAACAUGUGGUGGACCAACAUGUGGACCAGACCAACAUAUGGGCCAACAUGUUGACUAACAUGUGGGCCAUCAUGUGGACUGACAUGUGGCCCAACAUGUGGAACAACAUGUGGACUACCAUGUGGACCAACAUGUGAACGAACAUGUGGACCAGACCAACAUGUGGACCAACAUGUUGACUAACAUGUGGAACAACAUGUGGCACAACAUGAGGACUAACAUGUGGAUCAACAUUAGGACCAGACCAACAUGUGGACUAAAAUGAGGACUAACAUGUGGACCAACAUGAGGACUAACAUGUGGACCAACAUGAGGACCAAACCAACAUGUGGACUAACAUGUGGACCAACAUGUGGACCAACAUGAGGACUAACAUGUGGACCAACAUGAGGACCAGACCAGCAUUUGGACCAACAUGAAGACCGACAAGUGGACCAACAUUAGGA